CUUCGGCUGCCGGUUUAUAAGUGCAGACACCCACUCAUUCUGUUCAUCGCCAGCAGUCAAAAUACUCGUCAUAUAUAGGCCAACCACACUAAACAGAGUUGUACUUCAGUUUUAAGGAACAUUGAUUAAUUUGCUAUGAUCUCUUGUAACAAGUCACUGACUUCAAGAUGGGGAUUUUAUCUUCAAAUUGACGAGCAGGGAAAUGUGCAUGGAGUGCGAGAAAAAGACGAUUACUGUGGUAAGACAACUGAAAAGUCUUUGCAAUUUACCAAGUUGUUACCGGUGAACCAAUAUGUAGACAUGCGUUUUGAUUAGAUGAUUAGAUUCUUUCAUCUUUCAGGAACAAAAGAACCCUCUAAUCGGAAAUGAAUAUUUUUUUUUCCUUCUUAGUUUUUGAAAUGAAAACGACAGAUUUCGCCAAAGUCACCAUUCGCGGACUGCAAUCCAAUGCUUACUUCGCGAUGAAUGACCGAGGGAAUUUAUACACAACGGUGAGCUCUCGGCUACAGAAAUAGUCAGUUCAAUUUUUUUUUUCAAAAAAUCAUUUAAAAAAGUGCUUCGCGGUUUACAUGGAUUAAAUAGUCCUGUACAUCCAAAUUCUAUCUUUGGGAAGCGCAAUUAAUCCAAAUGAAAGAAUCACAUGAAAGCGCUUUGGGUGACCUUCCAGACAUUUUAUCAAAAACUUCGUAAUAUUUAAGCAUAUGUCAGUAAUACUCUUAGAGUUGUUACAAUAUCGGCACGACUAGUUAAAUAUACUAAUGAAUAAAUCCGUCUCGAUGAAAUCAGACCUCCUGGAGAAACACUCCACGAAACGCAAUACGUCGUCAACAAUUCACUUUGCGUGACUUAUUAAGAUUGACAUCACCAAAAUGAUUUCCUUUUGUAUAAACAAAGGACAAAAAAGACCAGAUUAUACGACCAUUUUAAAUAGUUAAAAAUAUCUCAGUAGUCUAAACGGCACAAGAUGUUAUUAUUAUCACUUUGUCAGGAAUUGAGGCGUAUUUUGCGAGCUAAAGUGGAGAUUUUAGCGGGCUGAAAUGUAUUUUUGCACGCCUGCUCGCGUGAUUGUUCAAACUGACAUGUAAUCUUUUUUUUUCAGGUUUUAUUUUCUUCAUGCCUUCCAAAGUGAUAAUACUACAUAAAAAUAAUGAUUAUGUUCGCUUCUCAGAGUCAUUUUAAUCCUCGCCGAACGGCUCGGCUUAAAGUGACUCUUACUUGGGCCUAAAACAUUUUUAGGCCCGCGAAAUGUUUUAGGCCUGCGAACAUAAACUCUGUUGCAGAUGAAAAUAUGAAGGCCACGUUUUAUAUUCUGCUUUAAUUACUAGGAUAUUUAGAAAUGGACUGAAGACCUACACUGUUAAUUUCAUUCAACGCUAAGUCAUAUUCAUGCGUUUUUAUGUCAGCUUAAUGUACAUUCGUUUUGAAUCUGUCACUCCUUUUUUUUCUUGUAAAUUGCUUUUUUGGUUGGAAAAAUUGUUUUUAACACCCGAUUAUCUGGUUAUCUUUUCAGGAAUUCAGUCGGUGUUUCCAUGAGUUCAGUUUGUUACAAUUUGCAUUUCGUUAACAAGGAAUAAUGUUAUGUUAUGUUACAUUAUUUUGAAGGACACUCAGAACCCAUCCUGUAUUUGGAAGGAAAUUCAUCACACUGAUGGAUACAACUACUACGAGUCCGAUCAACACAAUGGAUUUUUUCUGGCGCUUAAACGGAGGGGUGAUCCAAAAAAUGGCCGAGAGACUGCCUUGGGACAAGUAUCCUGCGCUUUUCUUGUAACUACGAUAACGCACAAUGCAACAUGAGCUUCUUGUGACAAAGAAAGAGGUUCAAUUUAGCUUGGUUUAAUGGUACACUUCUAAGCCACUGGCGUCUGCUAGGUGGAUAGUGAUGAAACUAAAAGGAAACAUAAUCCACAUUAUCAUGUGAAAUUAAUGGUUGUUCUUAAAAUAAAUGAGCGCGGAAGCAGGAUGUACAGCAC